UUCAAACACUUAAAACUGUCAAAUUCUCAACUUGUUAUUCUAAUUUUUAGGACGCUACGUUAACUUUACCGAAUUUUAAAAUUAUUUUGAUUUAGGGUAUUUCAUCGAAGUGAACACGCAAGUUUUGGAUUACAAGUUUUAAAUAUUGGUUCUUUGCCAAAUAAUACGUCAACAUAAAAUGUGGUAUUUAAGUUCUUCAAGUGACCCUAGAAUAAUUUACAUUUUACCAGAUAAGGAGAUUGUUGUGGGCAGAAGUGUUGAUACAGAAUUUUGUAAUUUCGCCAUACCAGAAGAUGCUUCUAUUAGUAGGAAACAUGCAUCAUUAUCAGUUUCUGGGAACGACUUGUAUUUGCAAGAUUUAGGCUCUAAAUAUGGCACUUUCAUUAAUAACUUCACAGAAAUGUUGGAGAGUGGAACAAAACAAAAAGUAAACAUUGGGGAUAAUAUUAAAUUUGGCAAGUUGAAUAGUGAGUGGGAAACACAUUUUAUAAAUUUGACAGCAUGUGCAUCAACUUUGAAAGGGGAAAGUCUUCUAAAAUUAAAAGAGAAUUUACACAGGUUGGGAGGUACAUUUAAGAAUGAUUGGGACAGUUCUUGUGGAUAUUUAACUAUGCCUGCUAUCACUUUAACCAUAAAAGUAGUCCUUGCUUUAGUACAAGGAGCACACAUUGUUACUAUUGAAUUUUGGAAUGAAUGUGUUGAAGCAACCUCUAAAUUUAGUAAAUUACCUGACCCAAAAAAUUAUAUGCCACAAAUUAUUGAAUCUACACUUAAUAAAGAAAAAGUAUCAUUUUUUCCUGAUGAGAAGAGAAAAAGUUUGUUUGCUGGUAAAACAUUUAUUUUCUUCUCAAGGAGACAACUUGAAAUGUAUAAAAAUGUUCUUGUAAGUAGUUCUGCAUCUGCACUGUUAUUAAGUGAAACAAAAUUAACAAAGUCAAUGCUUUGUGAAGAAAACAAAAUUGUGAUACAAUAUAACCUAAUAUCUACAAGUCAAGAAACACAAGUUCAGCGAAAUCAAAUUAAUGAGCUAGUAAACUAUUUAAAAAGUAAAGGUAAAAGAGUUGUAGCAGAUGCUGAGAUAGGUUUGGCAAUUUUAUAUUGCUCUUCAAGUAAAUAUUGUAACCCAGACUUUAAUUUCCCAAUUGAAGUAAUUAAGCAGAACUCUAGUGAGAAUGCUAAACCAGCAAAUAUCCUUGCUCAUGAAUCAGAAGAGCCUCUACCAUCUGUUUGCAAACAAGAAAAUGUUGUAAUUGAUGAAAGUUUAACUUCUAAUAUAGAUUCCAUAAGUAAUAAUGCCAGCAAUCCCAAAAGAAAAAGAGAUGAACAGGACAUGGAAAUAGUAAAUCCUUAUAAGAAAGUUGCAAUUGGUAAAGAGACAGAACAUAAUGAAUCAUCUAAUUCAACAAAAAGAUCAUAUGAAAAUAGUGAAGGUGACACAAAUCCAGUGAAGAAAAUAGCUUUAGAAACUAUUAAUGAAGACAAUGAAUUUUUCAAUUUCACUGCAUCAACAUCUAGAAGUGAGUGUAGUGAAAGUAAAAAAUUAAAUUUAGUAAAGCCAGUGAAGAGGAAACAAGAUUUUGUGAAUGAUGAAGAUGACAAUUUAUUUAACUUUAUUGAAGACAAUCCUAAACCUACAAAAAUUUUGAGAGACACACUGGAAUCUGAUAAGACUAGUUGGAAUAAACACAAUAUUUUAAAUGACGAAAAUAAUAGUAACCCUGUUUGUGAUAAAUUCGAAAUAUCUGCUUUAAGAGGUAUUAAACUAGAUGAGUUAAUGCAGAGCAAUUUGAAAUUGGAAUAUAAACCAAAGGUAAAGUCCGAAGAUGUCACAGGUUUAGAUGAAAAGCUAAAUGACCUUGAUUUAGGAUCAACUACAAUUAUUUUGAGAUCAGACUUAAUUGUGAAGAAAGAACCGGUGCAACUGAAUUCUGAUGAGAUCAAAGUAAAAAAUUUCAAGAAGUUUAAAAAGGUGUGGCCAAUUAAGAUGCAAAUUAGUAUAAUGUCAAAAUCAUCUGCAACAUCUAUUGAUGGAUCUGAUAAUACUAAUUUAUUAAGCAACACUGCUCUGUAACAAGUGAAAGAUGUUUCGAAGUACAUAUUAUGAUUGUAAUAUAAAAAUAUAUAAUGUUAA